AAACUUUUUAUCUCAACAGCCCCUACGUGACGUAACAUGAGUAGAAAAACCAUGGCGGCCUGCUGUUUGGCGAGAGUCACCCGGCUGACACAUAACAUGUGUAAAAGCCACCGUUUAUUCUUCCACAGAAGCACACAAAGACGAGGAAUAUCUGCAUGUGUCGACCCUUCUCAUGGACUCACAGAUGAACAAAAGGAGUUCCAAAAGGUGGCCUUUGACUUUGCCGCCAACGAGAUGGCUCCACACAUGGCCGAGUGGGACCAGAAGGAAAUAUUUCCAGUAGAGACGUUGCGGAAGGCAGCCCAGUUGGGCUUCGGCGGCAUCUACGUUCAGCCCGAUGUUGGGGGAUCGGGUCUGUCCAGGCUGGACACGUCCGUCAUUUUUGAAGCCUUGUCCACCGGAUGCGUCAGCACCACAGCGUACAUCAGCAUUCACAACAUGUGCGCCUGGAUGAUUGACACCUUCGGCAACCCUGAGCAGAGACAAAGGUUCUGUCCUGACCUGUGUUCCAUGGACAAGUUUGCUUCUUACUGUCUCACUGAACCAGGCAGUGGCAGUGACGCCGCGUCCCUCCUGACCAGUGCACAGCGCAAAGGUGACCAUUACAUCGUGAAUGGGUCAAAGGCCUUCAUCAGUGGAGGGGGGGACACAGACGUGUAUGUCGUGAUGUGCCGCACGGGGGGCAAAGGUCCUAAAGGGGUCUCCUGUCUGGUGGUGGAGAAGGACACUCCAGGCCUCGGUUUUGGCAAAAAGGAAAAAAAGGUGGGGUGGAACUCCCAGCCGACCAGGGCGGUCAUAUUUGAGGACUGUGCUGUUCCUGUAAGCAACAGGCUCGGUGAGGAAGGGGAAGGCUUCAUCAUCGCCAUGAAAGGCCUGAAUGGAGGCCGGAUUAAUAUCGCAUCUUGUUCCCUGGGUGCUGCCCAUGCUUCUGUGCAGCUUGCUCGGGAUCACCUGUUGGUGCGCAAGCAGUUUGGGGAGACUCUGUCCAACAACCAGUUUCUACAGUUCAAACUGGCAGAAAUGGCUACCAAGUUGGUGGCGUCUCGUCUUCUGGUGCGUGAAGCCGCAGUAGCACUUCAGGAGGGUCGGCCGGACGCCGUCGCGCUUUGUUCCAUGGCCAAGCUCUUUGCUACGGAUGAGUGCUUCGAUAUCUGCAACCAGGCUCUCCAGAUGCACGGAGGCUACGGCUACCUCAAAGACUACGCCGUGCAGCAGUUUGUCCGCGACAUCCGAGUGCAUCAGAUCUUGGAAGGGACAAACGAGGUGAUGAGGAUGAUCAUUUCCCGUAGUCUCCUGACAGAGUCCUGACACCAGGUAUGAAAGGUGACCACCGUGUUGGUCUUCAUCUUUAAUUACGCCGAGUCGCUGCACAGGUGACAAAGGUCAAGUUGGGAUGGGUCUGUAAUACUUAUUUGUAGAUAUAGCAGGAUUAUGAGGAGGAGGAAUGGACAUUAUCUCUUACAC